CACGGACUAUGGCCCGAGCUAGCUUGCCAAGGCGAAGCGAGCAAAUGUCAAUUUAUUUACAGUAGAAAGUAAAAGGCGAUGGGUGUGUGCUUUGUGUUUAGUAUGUUUAGUUAAGACAAAAUAAAAAAUAUUUCGUAGUGUAAAUAAUAUUCAUACCUAUUAUGGAACAUUAGCUAAUGUGUAGAAGUAAUAAUAAACUGUAAAUAUUUUUACAAAAUAUUGUUUUCGUUUUACAAAUUAUUGUAUCUUUAUGCAAAACUAAUUACACUAUGAUAAAACAUUUAAGUGCUAUUAAGUGAUCCGCUAGAGCCGUAAUGAAAACAUUAAAUCUCUGAACUCCUGACGAAAAUAUCAACAAUGGCUAUUCUGGGAAACCCCAUCGCGCGUAAACAUGGUCAGAGUCUGUGAGCGCGUUCGAGAUUCAAACAUUCGCGAUGGCUUCGCCGUGCCAGAAGGGCGGGAUGCGGCUGAGCGAGGCCCUCGACAACAUGCAGCUAGCUUACAACCCUAUCACUAAGCAACUGCAUUUCGUGAGCCCUAAAGUGGAGAAACCUUUGGAAGACACUUCAGACGACCUUGAUAAGUUGUCUAAGAAGAGUAGUUUCAGUGAUGAAGGGAACUUCUCGAUAUCAACAUGUGAGAAAAGUGACACAAGUGAUUCCCCGAAAAGUACUUUGAACUGGGGAGGCAGUGUGAGUGGUCAUCAGAGGGGCAAAGAUGGAGGUUCGUUCUCGAGCACAGUGUCGAGUCUUUCUGAGUGUUCUUUGGGAUCUAGUGCCUCUAAGGAGGAUAUUGGUGAAGUGACAUCAGACCAGGAGCAGGCUAAGCUGAAGAAGAAAGGAUUGUCUGGAUUUUUCAGCCGAGGCGUAUUCCCAUGGAAGAGCAACUCAUCUUCCAAAACCAGUACAUCCCCAACAUCUACCCCAAGCUGGCGUCUCUUCGGCAGCCGCUCCAGCGGAAACCUACCGCGCGAGCCAGCACCGGCGCCGCCCGCGCCAGCCACGCCGCACCAUCACCGCCGGCAGGGGAGCUCGGCUAGUGACAAGCAGUUUGAGGACCUCGUGGCUAGCUCUAUAGCCCUUAUACAGCAUGACAGACCGUCAAACCUGCCCGCGAAGACAACAGAAGAGGCACUCAGGCAUAAGGCGGAACAUGCGCGGAUACUGGAAGCGGCACGGCGGCGCGUCGAGCGAGAGUCUGCAGCAAGGCUCGCGCGGCUGCAAGAGUCGCUGCGGCAGGAGGAGCGGCUAGCGCGGCAUGCGCGCGAGUGGCAGGCCAUCCUACCCGACUGGGCCGCGCAGAAAAACGCAAAGCGCACCCAAGAGCUAUGGUGGAGCGGUCUUCCCCCCUCCAUCCGCGGCAAGGUCUGGCAGCUCGCCAUCGAGAACAAGCUCCAAAUCACCCACCACCACUACCGCGAGUUCGUCGAAAAGGCCAAACAACGAUUACACGAAGCACAGCUAAGGAGAAAACGAUUGAAGAUCCACAGAGAAUCAGAGAAAAAGACUGAAGAUAAGGAACGCUUAGGUUUACCAAGGAACUUUAGCGAGCAGAAUUUAAAAUGUCACAGUGAUACGACUCCUAAGUGCUGUUCGAAAUCUAAUCCCGACCUGAUAGAGAGGAGUGAUGAGUGUUCCAUGGAGUUGAUAGAGCUGGAUAUUGCGCGGACGUUUCCACAGUUGUGUAUAUUUCAACCGGGUGGGCCGUAUUUUACGGUGCUACACGAGCUGCUGGCGGCUUAUGUGUGCUAUCGUCCCGACGUUGGUUAUGUACAGGGUAUGUCAUUUAUCGCGGCUGUGUUGAUCUUAAAUAUGGAAGCGCCGUGUGCGUUCGUUUGCUUCGCUAAUCUGUUGGAGCAACCCGUGCUCCGGGCAGCUUUUACUCGCGACGGCAACACUAUGCAGCGCUUCUGGAGGGCGUACACUCGCCUCCUCAAGUACAACCUCCCCUCCCUCGCGGACAUGCUGGCUCCGGAGCUGUACCUGCUGGAGUGGCUGUACACGGCGUUCGCCAAGGCCAUGCCGCUGGACGCCGCGUGCCGCGUGUGGGACGUGUUCCACCGCGACGGCGGCGCCUUCCUGUUCAACACGGCGCUAGGUAUCCUUCACUUAUACCAAGACGAGCUCCGCGACAUGGACUUCAUCUCGGCCGCACAGUUCCUCACCAAACUCCCCGAUGACCUCGACUCCGAAGCAUUAUUCCGGAGCAUCAGCUCAGUCAGUAUGACGCUGGAUGGUAUGACGUUUGAGGAGCUGGUGUUGAGUGAGGAAUGUGAAGAUGAUGACGUGAGGUUAUGAUGACGAGUCGCUGAGCUGUUUGAGGCGUUUGUGGCUAAGGUCGGUUUAUAACCUUACAGUCGGUUUAUAACUGAUGACUUAGAAACAUUGUUCAGUAUCAGCUCAUCACUCUCACCAGUAUGACACUGGAUGGCAUGACCUUUGAAGAGCUGGUGUUGAGCGAGGAAUGUUUAAGCUUAUUAUGAGUCGCUGAGCUUUUGAGGCGUUUGUAGCUAAGGUCGGUUAACCUUACAUGCUAUAGUCAUAUUCGACGGUAGUCAUUCCGGCUAAUACUAUCCAUGCCAGUGUAUAAUGGCGAGGACGUGACGCGUAUGGCAGCUAAUUUAAUGGAAUAUGCCAUUGAAUUUAUAGCUAAGUUAGUAAACAUUAUCGUGGCUAAUAUCGGCUUCUUAGCUUUAUCAGAAUUAUUAAACAUGUCGCAUAAUCAAAACUUGAUGGAAUGUCCCAGCUUUACCGCUCCGAUAUAUGUAUAUCUGGUGGCGACUGUUUGCCCUUGAGAAGCUGAUGAGAGUUUCGGAGAAUGUUCGUAGUUAGUAUUGUACUGUUUGUACAGUCAAUGUAUUAAAUAUCGACACGGACAGUGCCAAAAAUAUGUACACACUACUUUAUGGAUCGUCAAUAAUGCCGUGUAUACAUAUUUUUGGCACUUUGUCGAUAUUUGGUACAUUGACUGUAGUAUCCUUUACAUAGGCCAUCAGUGAAACGUUGAACGAUGCUGUGAGCAACGCUCUCGUCAUAUAAUGACGUUAUGACGCCAGAGGCGUUACCACGAAAAAACGGAAUAAAAAAUUUCUAUAUUUGCCUCUCUAUCUCUAUCGCUCGAAUAUGCAGGAACGAUAGAUAUAGAAAUUAAUAUUUUCGGUUUUCGCGGUAAGGUCUCUGUCCACGAGUUUUCAGAAGAGUAAUUCGACUAAUAGUAGUAAUAGUACAACGCUGCCUGACCAUGCACAAUAACCAUAUGUUACAUUAGAAGUUAUUCCAACUUGAGCUGUAUUGCGCGAAUUUAAGGUAUAAAAUUGAUUGUUUUUUCUAAUGUAACAUUAGGAUUCUUAAGCGUGGUGGGGCAGUAGACUGAGCACAUGAUUGACGCGACAGUACCUAUCUCGCCGCGAGAUAAGACUACCCGUCUUUUACUAACUGUAUGAAUUAAAGGGGGUCCAGUAGUCUGUCGCGGCGAGAUACGAGUAGAUACUCUCGCGCCAAUCAUGUGCUAGCCCGGCUGAUCGAUACAUAUAGGCCAAUUCGAGUUUUAAUUACAUCUGUCAGUGUUAAAUGUGACUCGUGUCGUUGGUCAAAAGGUGGCAUCGAAUAAUGUACGAACAGUUUGUUAUCUAAAAAUAUAUGAUAUAUUCCUAACUUAUGAUACUCUAAAGGGUAAAAAUACAUUGAAUCUCAGAAUUUACUAUGAAAUUAUUCCCAGAAUUAUGGAUCAGAGAAAUUGUUUCUUUUUUAUAAAUUUUAUUUGAGUCUUGUUAAUAUAAUUAUUUAUAACUAUUUUCUAUUAGUCAUAAGUAUCACUUGUUUUAUAACGGCCAGCCUUGCAUUAUACCUAAAUUAUUUCUGUUUAUUUCUACGAAACAAACAUUGAAGUAUUAAAAUUAAAUGUGACGUUAUCAAGCAAAAGGUACCUUAUAUGGAUGUCGAUAAAGACGGUUUCUAAUUGAAUCGUAACAGAAAUCUUUUCCAUGAAAAUGACACAAAAUUAGGGUUUUUUUUAAUUGCGUAGAACGCAUAUUUUGGAGUUCGAAUUUUAACUCAUUUCUUUUUUUGUUGAAAGUAACAUUUUAUAAAACAAAUAAUAAACUAUGUAGAUUUCUGCUGCCGCCGUUGCAAUGUAAAUAUGAUGUAAAUAAAUCACUUGUUACUUCAGUACUAUUUACACAAACUAAGCCUUAAUCAUGAGCGUAAAUAUAAACAUAUGAAACAUAUCAUAUUCUCUAGAAAUUACGAGAACGAUAAUCAUUCAUGUACCUGCCGAUAAGUAUAUGUGUAUAGAAAAUAAGAUUAUUAAUAGUUGUUCUUAUAAACGAAUCUGCCUGUGUACGAAAAGGUGGUUACGUAUUAGGCCCUUGUAUAUGUAUAGUAUAUUUCACAUAUAACCUUGCUAGCGUGAAGCAUCUUUUUCACAAUAUUCUCCAAAACUUCCUUCUGGAUUUUACAUCUCUUGCUGUAAAAUCCAGAAGGAAGGAAUUCUGGAUUUUACAUUUUGCUUGUCCUUUAUUCGCCGUUACUAAAUAACAGUAGCUUUUUCUUUUAAAAGCUCACAUACUGUAAUGGCGCAAACACACUGGGAGGCAGCUGACGUUUACAUGCGGCGAACGACCCAAUGCGAUUGCAUUGGGUCGUUCGCCGCAUUGUCAUUAUAACAUAAAUUAUUAAUAACAAAACUUCCGUGAGACACAGACAUUAAAUAUAUUAAUAACGGGUCACUCACCGAGGAGCGUCAUCAGGAUCAUCAGGACCGUCGAUGCAAGCUCCUGAUGACGCUCCUCGGUACGGAGUGAAACAUGUCGAGCGUUUUCGACUUAAAACACGUUAGUGACCCGUUAUUAAUAUAUUUAACAUAAAUUAUUGAAUGAUUUUGGGUACAUAUAGGACCCUAACUACUCUUAACCAUGUAUAUAUUGUAUAUAAUCGAAGCUAGUAACUAUAUUUCCUGUAAAUAUAUGCGAUACGUCAAUUAUUGUAAUAACUAUAUAACUAUUAUUGUACGUAAACGGACAUCGAGUAGUGGGACCGGCCUAAUGAUUAGUAGAACUUCGAAUCUUUCGAAAUGCUCUUGAAGCUACAUGCUUAUUUAUUAUGUAUAUAAUUAUUAUAUCGUAGUUAUUCAUAGUCAUUAAUGAAGUUGUGUAUGAGGGUAAUGUUUUUAGUACGAGUAAAACUACUGUUGAAUACUUUUACAUAGUGUUAAAAGGCCAAAUGCCUUGGCCACGAAAAUAAAACGUUCUGAACAACCUCGUUAGAAGCUACAAGUAAUCAAUUUCGUUGCAAAUUUAGACUUGUGGUCUUCACAAAGAACUUCGUACAUUUGUUUUACGCUGUAAGCGUCACUGUGGAGUAAAUACGCUGGAGCGAUUUUUACGUAGCCUUUCGGUGAGGGCUAGGCUGAUUAUCGCUGUAGGUUACCUUCAUUGUAGUUUGAAAAUUGUAUUUAAAUAAAGGUGAAUAUAAUAAACCAUAAGAACCCGCAACAUUUUUAUACUCCGGCAAACUUUCGGCCUGAUUCGAACUUUAAAAUACGUCAAAAAUUUGCUAAA